AUGGUGGUUGAUGUGGAUCCUUUCGCAGACUUCGAAAGCUCAAGUGGCUCUGUCCAUUACCAAGUCAGCUCUCCAGCGGAUAGCUGCCCCAUAUUCAACUAUGUACGCCAAUCAUCCACCGUUCUCCGUAAAGUUCGUCUCGGUCAGCGACUGGAUACUGCGCUGAAUUGUAAAUCACUGCCAAGAUUUCCUUUGAAGCAGUAUCCCGAUCCAGAAUGUUCAGUGCGAAGAAAAAAUGUAGAGCUUGUGGGCACUGCUCCAGCUGCUCCUAUUUGUUUUCGCCGAGACCGACACCUUGACCCAUUGCCGGUCAACCGUGUUCGACCGCUCCAAGUCGCAGAUAGCUUGUCGACCUCGAAGAGUACUCCUCAUAAACGAUACUUGCUCCCAUCCACCGACAUACUGAAGAACUACGAUGAGCUCGAUCCCCUCCAAAAUUCUUCGUCUGAGGACAACAAUACAGGUUCUGAGGAAACUGCAAGGGCAUCAAACUCGCCACCUGAUCAACACAAUGCGGCUCUGAUUAUUGCCCGAUUUUUUCGUAGUGUUUGCCGACUGGAUAGUGCAGUUGAUCGAGCACGUGACGUUUUAUGUCGGCGCUGGCGAGAGCAACACCCCGAUAAGUAUCGAACACCACUAUUUGAGCUGACAAAUAAUGAACAACUUCGGGUUUUACAGCUCUACAAUCCUCACCUUUAUGGCUCCCAGCAUCCUGCAUCGCCGCUUGCGACGACCUCGACGUCAAUGAGACUGGCACGGGUUCCUCAAAUGGAACAACACAAGCGAACACGGCAACUGGAAAUACUGGCGAGGAUGAACAGAGAAACACAACUGCUGAACGAAACAAGUAGGCAGAAGACCCAAGCACCUAUUAGUACAACGGCAAUACUUCACAAAGCCUACCAGCGCCAGCCACUAGCAUUCCAGGAGCGGCCGAAAACUGUGCUUGGUCGUGAAAGGCUGCAGCAAGCUCACGAUUUGGUAAUGUAUUCACGAACUCCACCGAGUUUCCGCUAUAAGACCACGCCACAAUCCCGCCUCCAGGUGACCCAUACCCUCAAAAGCGUGUCGACACUGAGGCCUUUGUGA